AUGAUCUAUACAAAGUCCAACUUCACUGGAAAUCAGUACUGCCUGAAGAGUGGGGCGUACCCCGACAUCCACGCCCGGAUGGGACCCUCUGGAGCCGUGAGCGCUUGUCGCUUGAUCCAAGUGGAGCGAGGGGCGUUUAACGUGUGCCUUUAUGAACGCAUUGAAUUUGGAGGACAGAUUAUGAACCUGGAGGAUGACUGUCCCAGCGUCAUGGAACGCUUCCACAUCAAAGACAUUUUUUCUUGUAAUGUCACAGACGGCAACUGGCUCUUCUAUGAAGACCCAGACUACUGUGGAAGGAUGUACCUAAUCCAGCCGGGAGAGUACAAGAGGUUCAGUGAGUGGGGCAGCCGCUCUGCAAGGAUAAUUUUCUAUGAAGACAGAAACUUCCAGGGGAGAUCUCAUGAGUGCAGCAGUGACUGUGCCGACCUCCACUCAUACUUCAACAGAUGUAACUCCAUCAGGGUGGAGAGCGGCUGCUUCAUGGUCUAUGAGCGACCCAGCUACAUGGGAAACCAGUACUACCUGAAAAGAGGAGAGUACUCUGAUAACCAGCGAGUGAUCGGCAUGAAUGACUGUGUGCGAUCCUGCCGCAUGAUUCCACCGCAUCGAGGACCCUACAAACUGAGGCUGUAUGAGCGCUACGACAUGUCAGGCCAGAUGCAUGAGCUGUCGGAAGAUUCCCCAAACAUACAAGAGCAGCUUAGCAUGUCUGAUUUCAACUCCUGCAGUGUGAUGGACGGCUACUGGCUGCUGUACGACCAACCCAACUACAAGGGCCGCAUGUACUUCCUCCGGCCUGGAGAGUACAGAAGGUACAGCGACUGGGGAGGCUUCAGCCCAAGGAUAAUUUUUUACGAGGACAAGAACUUCCAAGGCCGGAGCUAUGAGUGCAGCAAUGACUGCACAGACCUUCAUUCGUACUUCAGCCGCUGCAACUCAAUCAGAGUUGAAAGCGGCUGCUUCAUGAUCUAUGAGCGGCCCAACUUUAUGGGUCACCAGUAUUUCAUGAGGAGAGGAGAAUAUCCAGACUAUCAGCGAUGGAUGGGGUUCAGUAGCUGUAUUCGCUCUUGCCGGAUGAUUCCAUUGUAUCGUGGCUCCUACAGAUUGCGAAUCUAUGAGAAACCAGACUUCAGCGGUCAUAUGAUGGAGUUUAUGGAUGACUGUCCGUGUGUGUCUGACCGUUUCCAUCACCGUCAUGUUUACUCCAGUAACGUCAUGAAUGGUUUCUGGAUCUUCUACGAGUAUCCCAACUACCGGGGAAGACAGUACUUCCUUAGGCCUGGAGAGUACAGGAGGUACCGCGACUGGUGUGCCACCUGCGCCAUAGUGGGGUCCUUCCGGAGGGUCACAGAGUUUUAG